AUGUUACUUUUUUUUGGUGGUGGUAGUGCUGCUGCCACUGCUGCCACUGCUGCUGUUGGCACGACGAAUCAAUCUUUUAGAAGUAGUUUUACUUAUGGUGGAAAGAUCAAUUGGUUCCCAGGUCAUAUGAUCAAAGCGACCAAACAACUGAAAGAGAAUAUCAAGAAUGUCGAUGUUGUUCUCGAGAUACGAGACUCGAGAGCACCUCUCUCCACUGAGAAUCCACUGCUACAGGAUAUACUGAGGCAGACCUUCAAAGACGGUGCGAAAAAGACACACAUCGUUGUCUUUAACAAAGCCGACAUGUCAAAUCACAAUCUGCAAUCAAAGAUCAAAUUGUACUACGAUCAAUACAAUCGACUAACUGAAGAUCGUGCUUAUAACAAACACAUUGCAUUCACUCAAUCCGCAUCGAAAACAAACUCUGCCGCCACAACACAUCAAUCUCAUCCACGUCAUCCCUAUCAAGUAAUAAAAAAUGCAGUUGAAUUACACAGGCAACAACAAGACAAACUACAGCAACAACAACAACAACAAGAAAAUAAUAAUAAUAACAAUAAGAUAAUUGAUACAACGAUAAUAGAUAGAAAACAAAUGAAAAAGGAAAUCAAUAUGUUGGUGAUUGGCGUGCCAAACGUUGGAAAGAGUUCGCUGAUCAAUUCGAUCAGGAAUGCCUGUAGGAUGACAAAGUCGGCAAAGACUGGUGCACUCCCGGGUGUCACUAGAAAUAUCACGGGAUUCCGUGUAUCCGAUGAUCCUCCUGCUUUCCUGGUGGACACCCCCGGUAUUAUGAUUCCGGGUGUUCUCGAGGACGUCGAGAGAGCUCUGACUCUGUCGCUGGUCGGCGCCAUCAGUGAGAAGAUCGUCGACCACACCGUAGUCGCCGACUACCUGUUGUUCAAGAUGAAUCAAAUGCGAAUCACCACCUAUGUCACCGUGUUGAAGUUGGAUGCACCGACCGACGAUAUCAAUCGGCUACUCGAGCAUAUCUGUCAACUGAAAGGAAUGUACCUGACGAAUCAACAGCAAUUCCAACAGAUAAAACUGAACAACGAUCGACUAAACUCAAACAAAACCAACGACACUGAACAAGCAUCACGCUACCUGAUAAACCUAUUCCGUGAAGGCAAAUUCGGUAACUUCACACUCGAUAAAAUACCUUCUCCUCCAACUUCACUCGACCAAAUCAUCAUAACAACACCAAACACACUUGAAAUACUUCAACAACAACAACAACAACAAUCUAAAGAUCAAUUAAUAAAUGAAAAAUAG